AUGGCGUCCAGAGAUCUGAUGCACACCAACAUUUCUGAGGAGCAGGUCAUUGUAGCCUUCCAUUCUUUUCUUCAGGGUGCUUUAGCACAAGCUCAUGCCGAACAGCUUCUUGACACGGAUGUUCUCAGCUCUGCUGAUGCGGAUAUUCAGAUCGCGGGGCCUGCAAUCUGUCUCUUCCUCGCCGCCCUUCGCAGCGAGGGAGAUCCUCCGAGCAUUGUCACCUCCAUGAUAUCACUGGACGCAACCAACUGCCCUGCCUCUUUUCGGAACUGGUUUAUGCUCUGGUCUGAAUGCGUGCCCAAGAUCAAGGCUCUCUCUCUCGAACUGAGACACGACCUGGCCAGAAUGAUUUGCGAUCAAGAGCCUCAAUGCCAACCGAUUCGGAUUGAUCUUCCGAUCAUGGCUCAAAAUCUGAGGGCUAUUGCAAUUGAGAUUUCGCAGCGGCGUACAUUUCAAGAGCGAUUCUCACAAGAUCUGGACUAUGCCCUUCAGUUUGGCUAUGAUUUCAGAGCCCCAGCUCCUGCGCUGCCUCCCUCUACCUUUCGACCGCCUCCAGCAUACGACGAAAAUGUCUCUGACCCACAAGUGCCUUCCUCACUUGACCCAACUGGUGCCAAACCAUAUGCAUCCCCACUGUCUGCCCUUGACCCCGCCCUGGAAAACCACCCAGCACUACGUAUUAUUCGUGAAACGCUUUACGCAUCUCUUACCGACAUUCUUUACACCACACCGACAGUCUUCGAAAUCUUGCAAUCUAAAAGUUCGACCGAUGGCCAGCUUUCUCGGGCAUAUUUUGGUGCACUAUGUCUAGCCAUUCUAGAAGUUUCCUUAACGCUCGUUAGCCCUACGGAUCGCCAUGUACAGGUAGUCAACCUGGGGAGUGGUUAUCCAUCGAUCUUAAAAGUCGAAGACUGUCCGCCCCAUCUUCAACCACUGGCUGCUCAAUUAUUCUUAAUCGCUUCCUCUACUCAAGCCUUAGCCCAAGAAGACCACGAAGCCGCGGUCGACAAUGCAAGUCAUGGAGGCCAAACUGUUCGAACCAAGAUUGAUAGACUUAAAACUGACUUGGAGCAUGGUACCAACUGGGAGGCCGGACUUGACGCCGACGAGAUUGGGAAUGACCGAGCCGCUAGCCCCAUGGGCACCGUCAGAGUCGCGGCAAACCGAAUCAACGCAUUGGCCCUGGGGAUAAGCCAAAUACCAUCUUUCAGGGAACGCGAAGAGGCUCUUUUCGAGAUCUUAGUGCCCAGUUUGAGCGAACGCAAAAAGAACUGA